GGGGCACGGGUCUCACAGACUCGAGUUAUUCUCUGUCAAGAUGAGCGUCCAUUUACUGGGCGGCUGUCUCCUGCUGCUCUUCCCGGCCAGCGCCGAGCUGAAGACCAACUCGGCUCGGUGCCCUCCCUGCGUGCCGUCCGAAUGCCCGGCUCUACCGGCCGGAGGCUGCCCGCUGGGCGAAGCGCCCAGUCCGUGCCGCUGCUGCACAGUGUGCGCUGCCGGCCAGGGAGAGCCGUGCGGCGGCCGGGACUCCAAGUACGGUCGCUGCGCCCAGGGCUACGAGUGCGUCCGCUCCGGCUCCAAGCGGAGGAGCCGCGGGCACUGCGUCUGCAAGUUCCCCGAUCAGGUGUGCGGCAGCGACGGCAUCACUUACAGCAGCGGCUGUGAGCUGAGAGCCGCUGCUCAGCGGGCGGAGAAGGAGGGGGGAAGCCCAGUGACCAGGAUUCGGAAAGGAGCCUGUGAGAAAGCUCCAGUUAUUGUGACAAAACCUGAGGAGAUUUGGAAUGUCAGUGGAUCACAAGUUUACGUCAGCUGUGAAGUCUUUGGAGUACCCACCCCCGUACUCACCUGGAACAAGGUAAUGAAAACAAUUACUGGUGUGGAAAAGGUAGAGUUACUUCCUGGUGACCGUGACAACCUUGCCAUCCAGACUCGAGGUGGGCCAGAGAAGCAUGAGGUGACAGGAUGGGUGUUGAUUUCUCCACUCACUAAGGAAGAUGCAGGAGAAUAUGAAUGCCAUGCAUCAAACACCAAGGGAGAGGCUGCAGCUACUGGAAGUAUACAUGUGGUUGAUGAACUAAAAGAGAAAGCGUGAGAAAAAUGACAAAUGGCAGCCUGAAUCGCGAGCACAGCUACCUGCAGGGAAUUCUGCGAAUAAGUGUAGACUCUGGGCAGUGUUUCUUUUCCUUAUAUUACAAGUUAAGUUUUACAGUGAUCUUUCUUAUUCUUGUACACUGUAUUAAUUCAGUUACUUAUUAUGGUUAAUGUAGCUUUUAUAUUUACUUUGCUUGCAAUUAGAUAAUGUAAGUCAAUAAAGACAAGGGGAACAAACCAUUGUAUAAUCAAGAUACAAAGAUAUAAAAUAAUGAAAUAAAGUUUAUACAAAGCUUAAAAUACAAAA